AUCUGCACUGAUAAGGGUCACAUUUAAAAAGCUGUGUUAGGAUGAGACUACCUUGGAUGACAGUGGCAGCUGGAGGGAGCAGUAACACAGCGCGGACAGAGGAUUUGAUCAAUCAUGCUUCUGAUCGUGGUCACUGUAUCUGUCGCCAAUGUCUUUUUUGCAUCCGGAGUUGCUUGCGUGCCCCUUUCGGACCAGGGGCCCCACAUCGAUCACGGUUGGGAUCAGGUGGUUCGGCUCAGGCACCUGUAUGCCGCCAGGCCAGGACUUCAUCUGCUGAUCGGUGGGGAUGGACAGAUCCACGGCUCUGCAGCCCAAACUCUCCACAGUCUGCUGGAGAUCCGUCCUGUGGAUCCGGGCUGUGUUGCCAUCAGAGGAGUAGCAACCGCACGGUUUCUCUGCAUAGAGGGUGACGGAAGACUGUACUCAUCGCACACCUACAGCAGAGAUGACUGCACCUUCAGAGAGCAGAUCCUGCCAGAUGGGUACAACAUUUACAUCUCUGACAGACAUGGAGCCCUGCUCAGUCUGGGCAACCAGCGGCAAAGGCUGCAGGGUCGAGACCAAGGCGUUCCGACUCUGGCCCAGUUCCUACCCAGGAUCAGCACCCUAGAUCAGGCCUCAUCCCCUGGACAGGACAUUCCUGACCAGCUGGGGCAAAGUGCAGCACAAAUAGAGGAACCUGUGGACACAAUGGACUCCUUUGGAAAGCUCUCUCAGAUCAUUCACAGUCCCAGUUUCCACAAGAGAUGAGACAGCAGCUCUUAGGCACCUGUAAACAGAUGCCCCCUGGGGUGUUGUACUUUAUCUGAUACCAAGUACUCCUCCCUGCAUGUUGCAGAGCCAGGGACUGACUGUGUGUCCAGCCCGCCUGCACCUGGAACGGUUGCUGUAAAAUCCUGCCAGGACUGUCCAGUCAGAUAUGACUGAACAGAACACAAGUACAGUGUCCUACAGAGCGGAGAAUGACACCUGUACUUAGAGUACUAUUCAUUGCUGUCAUUUUCAAUAACAAAGUUUAUAUUCAACUAAACAAACUUCAAACUUGGUUUGACCAAGAAUUAGAUAGAUACCUCACAGCUAAUCUGAUAAAAAAUCACUGUUGAAAACAGAUAAGUAACCAUUUUUCAGUGUGACAAUGUUUGUGACAAGCUUAGGGAAUGAUUGUGGUUAAAAUCAGUUCUUUGUUAAGUUAGUGGACCUUCAUCGUCAUGGUUAGAAUAGAAAGAUUAAAGAAACUCUGGGUUAAAAGAGACAAUCGUGGCUGUUGAUUUGAAAUGGGAAAGUAACUGAGGUCUCCCAGGUCCAGUGUUUUGUUGAUCUAUCCAUCCACCCACCUUUGUCACUCUACAGCAUCACUGACUUUGAUUUGACUUUGUUGUUUUCUCCUGUCAUAAUUACUACACCAGCAGAGGGCACUGUUGUAUGAAUGUAAAAAUGUUUUGGGGCAUUUGCUUAAAAAGCUGGUGCUGUCUCACAUGAUAGCUAGAAAGGCAAAAAGAGGUGUCUCUUAGGGGAGAACAGUCUCAUUUACUGAACAGAGCCUGGAAUGUGUUCAUUACUUCUCGCUGAAAAAAGCCCAUGUACACAAGAAGACUGACAGGUCAUUAGUGUUUGACAUUCUGGUUAGUUUGGAGAAAAGAGAGAGUGACCACAGAUGACAAACAGCACUAGUUACAGAAACUGGGAAAAGGGAAAAAAUGGCACGAUAUUAGUUGCACCAAUUCCGAGUGCAGUGCGACAAGAAGGAAAAGUGAUAAGAAGUCAGAUAUUCUGCCUGUUAUGCUUGUUUGCCAUCUCACAAAAAGUCUACAACAAGCAAAUUUCCCACAGUGUUAUUUUAACACAACAAGAAACUCAGGGUCUAUUGCCUCAGUGAGCCGGGGGUGGGGGAUCGCAAUUCAGAGUCUUGCAAUUGGAAGCCAAGCUGAAAAGAUGACAGCUUUUCCAUGCAAAAGUACUGUCUUCUUACAUAUUUAUAGUUGUUUAUUUAGUAUCCAGCAGUUUGAAUAUGAGUGCCUUGUCUGCUUUAUUGAAUACACCUCUGUGUUUACUGUACGUGUUUAUGUGUUUAUGUCUCCUGUUACAUGUAAAGAAACUGUUUGUUGCUUUGUGUGAUCUAUGCUUGUUAAACACACACACACAUACAUAUAUAUAUAUAUAUAUAUAUAUAUAUAUAUAUAUAUAUAUAUAUAUCCCCGCACUACUGACCACAACGGGUUUACUUUUCCUGUUGCAUGAAGAACAAUGUGUAGUUUAUGCUAUUCAUUCGAAUAUGCAGCUGUGUUUUUAGAUGCAAUAAACUGAAGACACAUCUAAAAUGUAAUAUUUCAUAUUACUGCAUAAGGCAUGAAAUAUCACUUGCCAUGUACUCAUGUAAAAGAAUGACCACACAAUGGCCCUUGGGAGGUACAGUAUCUUGGUUAAUCAGCCUACAGUGCGUCUGCAGUGUGGAUGGAAGUGAAUGCAUCCUUGAGUCAGGAGAAAACAUAGAAGAGGAGCUGGGGAAAGUGGGUAAGGGUAACAAAGGGUAACUUGUACUACUGUGCUGAGAAUAAAUCAACAGAAACUUAGCUGUAUGCAUCUGUGUUUUUUUGUUACUUUUUUGCCAUUGUACCAAACCAUGAUGAGAACUGAACCAUGAUUUCUGUGUACCCUAGUUACUACAAAUAAAGUUAAUAAAAAGAUGUAAUGCAACAUGA